AUGUCGUCUGAGCAAAAGCCUACUACACUAGAAACACCCACAGUCACCGAAGUGAAAGUUGCUGUAUGCGGUGGUAUUGGCAAUAGUCGAGCAGUAGAUGAAGAAGACUUAAAAAUUUGGAAUAUGUAUAAAGAACAUUUGGAAUCAAAAAUUCAAGAUCAAUUUAAAAUACCAGUAAAUUAUACAUUAAAACCCAUUCAAGUAUCUACACAAGUUGUAGCCGGCAUCAAUUAUUUUUUCAAGGUUGAAUUACCAGAUAAGAAAUAUGCAACAGCUCGUGUUUACCAUGUUUCAUGGCAAAAGGAUACACAUGGUAAAGCAAAUCACGUUGCUGUCCAUCCGAAACUUGCUGACAACAUCAAUGAAAAUGUUGACCAUUUUUAA